ACCAGGAUUGCCCAUUGCCAACGCCUGGGAGGCUGCGAGGAAGAGGAAGUUUCCCUGGGACACUGAGGCAGAGCAGGAGCUGAGCAUGGAGAGCAGAGAGGACAAAUGCCCGCAGCAGAACCUGGUGGAAGAGGCCGUUUUGAGCGGCUCCACGGCGCAGGAAGCCAACGGGGAGGAAAAGUCCCGGAGAUGCCGCACGAGGAGGGGCUGCAAACGCAGCCGGCGGGGAUCUGAGGGGGAAAGAGCCAGCCUGGGCCGGGAAGGCGGCCGGAGACGGAGCCAGAGCUCGGAGCUGGUGCUCCAUGAGCAGCUCCAUGAUGGGGAGAAGCCCCACACGUGCGUGGAGUGUGGGAAGACCUUCAGUUGGAACUCCGACCUGAUCAAGCACGAGAGGAUCCACACUGGGGAGAAGCCCUACCAAUGUGGAGAGUGUGGGAAGAGCUUCACAGAGAGCUCCAGCCUGAUCAAGCACCAGAGGAUCCACACUGGUGAAAGGCCGUACAAGUGUUCCGAGUGUGGGAUGUGCUUCAGCCAGAGCUCCGACCUGAUCAGGCACCAGAGGACCCACACUGGGGAGAGGCCCUAUGAGUGUUCCAAGUGUGGGAAGAGGUUUAAGACCAGCUCCCAUCUCCUCCGGCACUAUCGGAUUCACAGAGAGGAGAGGCCCUUCCAAUGCCCCGACUGCGGGAAGGGAUUCAAGUACAACUCCGCCCUCAUCAGACACAGGCACAUCCACACAGGGGAGAGGCCCUACGAGUGUGAUAAAUGCAGGAAGAGGUUUCCGACCAGCUCCAGUGUCCUCCGGCACUAUCGGAUUCACACAGAGGAGAGGCCCUUCCGCUGUCCCGACUGCGGGAAGGGAUUCAAGGAGAACUCCAAGCUCAUCACCCACCGGCGCAUCCACACUGGGGAGAGGCCCUACGAGUGUGAUAAAUGCAGCAAGAGGUUUCAGAACAGCUCCCAUCUCCUCCGGCACUUUCAAAGUCACUCAGAGGAGAGGCCUUUCCGCUGCCCUGACUGUGGGAAGGGAUUCAAGGACAACUCCACCCUCGUCAAGCAUCGGCGCAGCCACACUGGGGAGAGGCCCUACGAGUGUGAUAAAUGCAGGAAGAGGUUUCUGACCAGCUUCAUUCUCCUCCAGCACUAUCGGAUUCACACAGAUGAGAGGCCCUUCCGCUGCCCCGACUGCGGGAAGGGAUUCAAGGAGAACUCCACCCUCAUCACCCACCGGCGCAUCCACACAGGGGAGAGGCCCUAUGAGUGUCCCCAGUGUGGGAAGAGCUUCUCACAGAGCUCUAACUUGACCCAACACCAACGGAGGCACCACUAAGGGAAGCCCUACGAGUGCCCCGAGUGCAGGCAGAGGUUCGUGCGCUGCUCCAGCUCUAUUGCCCACUGGAGGAGGCACUUUGGGCACAGCCCUGGUCACUCACAUUCCCUGUGAUCCAUGUU